AUGAUGAUGCUACUGCUGAUGAUGAUGAUGAUGAAUUGUUUUGGGUCAGUUGAUCCACGUCACUGGCUCACUGCGACAAAAUAGUGAAGCUCUCAUCAUUAAACUAUCAGCUGAUGCUUCACCUUUCAGCACCGCGGACAGCUCCGUUCUGCAGACCGAGCAGAUGGCGACGGUUAUAAAAGCGCGCGUGAAGCGUCUCUGCACCGUAGACCCACACCGACAACAUGAGGCGCAGUACGCCGCACAGAAUCACUCAAUAUGAGGACUUACAAGACAAACCAAGACGUUCGGGGUUAGAUAUCAGUGACGUGAUGAGGGGGGCCAAGCCGUUAUCUGGAAAGUUUAACGAAAAGGAAUUGAUGCAUGGCUUGAACGAUCGCCUCGCAGGAUUCAUAGCGAAGGUGCACCAGCUGGAGCACCACAAUCAUCUGCUGGAGAGAGAAAUCCAGGAGAUCAGAGGGAAAGCGAAGCCCGCAUCCUGCCUGGAGGAGGAGUAUGGACCAGAGCUCAGGAGACUGAGACAGAUGGUUCAGGAUAUUACUCAGCAGAAGCAUCAGAUUGAAAUCGAGCAUCAGAAUUUAGAGGAAGAACUAUCCAACCUGAGAAGACAACAUGAACGAGAUGCGCGUAGCAGAUCAGAUGCGGAGAGCAGUAUUAUGGUCCUGAAGAAGGACAUCAAUGACGCCUAUCAGGCUAAACUACAGCUGGACAAAAAAGCGCAGUCUCUCGUGGAUGAAAUCCACUUCUUGAAGAGAAACCACGAGGUCGAGGUGUCAGAGAUAUCGGACCAAAUCCAGGACCUGCAGGUGACCGUCAAGGCGCAUGACUUUGGCAACCCCGGCGUCACUGCGGCACUCCGGGACAUCAGGGCACAGCUGGAAGGUCAUGCGGUGACCGACGUCCAGCAGGUAGGGGAAACUUUCCGAUCUCAGUUUGCAAGAUUAACAGAGGAUGCUGAGUCCAAGAGAGAGGCUUUAAAAGCGACCCAGCAGGAGAUUCAGGAGCACAGGAGACGCCUGCAGGCCAAAAACAUCGAACUGGACUGCGCUAAAGGCGCCAGGGAAGCGCUGGAGAAGCAACUGCAUGACGUCGAGGAUCGCCACAAGGAGGAAAUCAUCCACUAUCACAACACAAUCAAAGAACUUGAAAAUGAGCUCAUAAAUUGCAAAUUUGACAUGUCUGGUUACCUGCGGGAGUAUCAGGACCUAUUAAAUGUGAAGAUGGCUUUGGAUGUGGAGAUAAUGUCUUACAGGAAACUUCUCUGUGGUGAAGAAGCUCGGCUUUCUGCAGUAUCAGACACCCACAUGUCUUUGCCCUACAUCUACCACCAGUCCCCUGUUUACACCCUCCCCUGCCUCAGCCGGCCAGGCGGCCCACACAGAAGAGCAGAGCCCCAGUAUAAGUUUGUGGAGGAGAUCAUAACAGAGACCACCAGGGAAAUUGAGAUGUCAGAAUUUGAGGAAACAGGAUCUGAGGAGACAGAAGUAGGAAAAGAUGAGCAGGACUGUACUAAAAGAGAUAGACAGGGCUGUGAGGAGGAGAAGGAUAGUAAAGACAGUGGAGAGGAAGAGAGUGAGCAGAUGUCUCACAGUGAGCAGAAUGAAGAAACAUCAGUAGGAGAUUUAGUGAAUGGAGGUGAUGAUGGGGAUGGUGGAAGUCCUGUUGAGGUGGAUGAUGGUGAACAAAGUCAAAAAAGAAAAGAAGAGUCAGAGGAGACUGAAGCAGUUGACACUGAAGGAGACAAUGGCAUAGAUAAAAAUACUCAAAGCAAAGUGUUAUUAAGUGAGAGCUGUGAUGAGGAUGAAGGUGAGCAACAGGAAAAAGUAGCUGAAAAGACAAAAGAAGAGAAAGAAGAUGCAGUUCAGAAAGAUUUCUCUCCAAAAGCAGAUGAUUUAAAACCAGAGGUCAGUGUGGAGGAUGAACCUGUGAAUGAUAGAGAAGAAGAUGCGCAGAAAGAUUUUAUUUCAGUCCAAGUGAAGAGGCCGGUUGAUGAGACCUUGGCCCAAGUGUCUAAAGUGUCUAAAUCAGACAAAAUCAAAGAGUUGAGCAGUGCUGCUCAAAUGCAAGAUAAGAAAACAACAGAUUUUACAACAGAGACAAAGAGCCCUCUUUCCACAGAGACAGACGAGCUUUCAGAAAAGGCUCGAGUAACUUCAAAUACAACACUCAAGAGUGAGGAAAGGGAAAACAUUCAUGCAGAACAAAAGGAAAUCAAUAAAUCUGAGGCUGCAAAAGGUGAGGACAAAGUAGCAAACAGCACUGAAGAUCCUCGACAUGACAGCAAUAAAAGCCAAGAUGAAGAGUUGUCGCUAAAAUCUAAUGUUAAAAGUCUCCCUGAAGUGGAAGAUCAGAAGCCAAUCAGUGGAGAUAAGACUGAAACUGACCAAACUAUGUUGUCAAAUGAAAAGACAAGUACCGGUGCAGAAAUCAAAGAGUUACAUCAGAAGGGGGCAGAAAGCAGCCAGGCUCAGAAACCAGAGCUGACCGAAGGCUCAGAGAAAACAAAUGAUCCACAAGGUAAAGCUGAGAAGGUAGAGAGCAGUAAGUCAGAGAAAUAAAAGAAAAACCAAACAGAGGUGAUGUCUGAGGUUGCAGAGGAUGUAAGGAUGAGGGACAUUUGCACCUUAAAUUUAAUAAGCCAGCAGUUGAUAUGCAAAUGUAAGGGAGAGUGAAGCUGAAAAUAGAGAAUGGCUUAACUAAUGCAAAUGCAAAUUCAAGGUCUAAGCUAAGCCAAGCAAAGAAAAGAGCUCCUGUUGCUGUAAUGUCUCUUCAAACAGAGAGAGCAUGAUUCUUCUGUUUGCAUCAGAUCUGCCUUUGAACUUUAAAGCAGCUUGGGAUGUAUUCAAAUCUUUUGACUCACCACAUAAAUAUAAUCAUGAAUGUAAAUGAUGCAAGGUAAAUCCUGAAUUUGCAUUUGUCUUUAUCUGCUUUGGUAUGCGCUGACAAAUAAAUGCAAUAUGAAAAUAA